ACGCCAUAGAAGGUUAAGGGCGUGUUUUUAUUUCGGGAGUGGUCUCCUGUUGGAGGCGGGAUUUGGUUCAAAGGGGCGUUUCUUAGACUAGUUCCUUAUGAACAGUAGAUGUGGGCUGGGCUUGUAGGCGGGGACGGCGGCUAAUGGGCGGGGUUAGUUGCCAGGUGCUUAAGUUGGCAGAGCAGCUGACUGUUAAGUGUUUGUUGUGUACCCCGCGUGUGUCAGACCCUCUUCAUCCUGCGGGUAUCUUGUGGCAAGUGUAAGAAGUGCGUGUGGAACCAGCGCUCUCCGAAAGCAAAGCUUAUGCAUUAGGCCCCGGCCUGGUAACCAUGGGAGCAGUUCUUUAAUUGGCCAGUAGGGGAGUGUGUAUCUAUAAAAUGGCUUCAGAGCAGGACGGAUUUUUACCAGCUGCCACCAGGGGGGAUUCAAACUGGUCUGGAGUAUCUGGUUGGGAAUCUGCUUUGUCUGCUAUGAGGGCUGAAGUGCCUUCUAUUGAUUCAGAUGAUUCAUCCCUGUCAGACUGCGAGGAAGAAGAAUUGCAUAUCUUUCAGCGAGAAGACACCAACUUAAUUCCAGAUCUGUCCAUAGAGCUGUUAGAUGAUGGGGAACUAAACAGUGAGGUUGUAACAAGGCAGAUGUCUCUUGAGAAAGUAGAAUUCUCAGACAGCUUGGAACCCUCUCCUAAUGUAUGUGUUCCCUUAUCAGUCCAAAAGGCUGAAUUAGAUGAUACUAUAAACUCCAGAAACCCAGAGACAGAGCAGCUGUGCCCAGAACCUAUAGACAAUAUACAAACGGAGUCUAUGGUUGGUAUUAAAGACUCUGAGAAAGAAGAUGGGUUCCGGCAUGUUUUGCACUCAAGCGUUACAACUGUGCUUAAGCCACAAAUUAACAGCAAUGUUGACAGCGAGUAUGAGAUACAUCCUGGAAAUACAGAAAAAGAACAUCUAAGCACCUCUGCCCUUAGUUCAAAGCCUGUGGGCUUGUCAUUGCAGUUUCUUGAGUGCCUAGAGCAAUGGGACCUGAAUGCUCUCCUCCAUCAGCUGAAGGAAGAGGAAGUUCAAGAAAGGGAAAUGCCCCCUUUAAUACUAUCCAUGGAGGAGUCCACAGAGAGACGCCAUAAACUUAUUAUGGAGAAACUAGUGGAGUUUGCUGCCCAGCAGUCAGAAGAGGUGUCCAGUGUUCCACAGCUUGAAGAAAAGGAAAAAGAGGGCACAAUUAGCAAGAGUUCUUUUAGGCCUUAUCCUGAUCAGAAAAUGUAUUUGAAGGGCAGCGGGAAACAUCCACAGUCUUUUUCCACCAUCUGUUUAGACCUAAGAACAACCGUUUCUAAGAUGGGCCAGGUGACAAGUUUAGAACAGAACCCUGAAAAUCCCAGUCAAAGAAAUGAACAAAAGGAGAAACAUCAUCUUAACAAAACAGACCACACAGGAAAAAGUUUGCUGCUGCGGAAUCGACAUAACAUUCAGAAUGAUUCACUUUCUGAUGCCAAUAUGUCAAACUCUGAGUCACUCAGUAAGGAAAAGAAAGAAUUGGGGACACCAACCCAGAGGAAACAAAGACCGAAGUCCAAGGUUGAUAUUAGCCCCAAGCUCCAGGAGAUGGUGGGGAGAGAAGAGAAGGACGGUAGAGAAGAGCAAGAGAAAGAAAAAGAAAUACUUCAGUAUUUACCACCAAAAAGCCUCAUCAACUCCAGAGCAGAUGAGUUUGCCCAGAGGGAGAAGCAAGAGAAGGAGAAGAAGGCUCGACUCAGGAUGCUGACACAGCUGGAAGACCUCAAGCCUCGCAGCUCAGUAAAUGGCCGUCAACCAAUGGCUGAGGCAACACCGAUACUGUUCCAUCCGGAAACCUCAUACUGUCCAGGUAUCAGCUCACUGCCAGACGUAGCUAGAAGUGGAGUAGAGACGCUUCUCCUCACUAUCUGUUUGUCCAGCUGUGGACAAGUUUUCAUUCCAGGACAGCAUGGUGCGCGGUCUUCUUACCCAUCUCUUUUUCUAGCCAACACCUUCCACUGCCUGUUAACUUGGCUUAUCUCUUUGGUGCCAGGCGUAAAUACCCAUGGUAAGGUUAAUGCCCCGUUUCAUGUGUUGGGACUGCAGCAGGCAUGGCAAGAGGAAGGCUUGGCCUUAUAUGCGUGUUUAUCUCCACGGCAAAUAGCAACACAAAGCAGCCCUAAAAUCCGCAAACAUAAGGGCAAGCAAGAUUUACGAGGGACUUCUAGUUUCUACCAGCGGGUGUCUUUGUUUCUAUCACACAACACCCUGCAAAGUGUUAUCUGGUGGAGUGAAGAUGUGGUAGAGCGUUUGCAGGGAAAGCUUUUUCCACUCCCAACUGAAGUGCCAGCUGUGCGACUAAGCAGUAUUGCCACCCUGAAUUCUGCACCAGAGGCAGUGGAAAAAGUUUUCUCUUCAGCUUGUGGGUUUUACUGGCAGACGCUGGAAACGGAGGAGAAAAUAAAUCCACUUUUGUCUGAGAUUCCUACAGACAGUGAGACAGAGGUAGUAUCUGUAAUAGUGUUUGAAAGGAUGCUGAGCAACCCGACUGCAUUUCACCACACUCUGCACAUUAUCCAAACUGAAGGGCUAGAUGUCUGUGGUGUACGGCUGCUCUAUCCACAGGCAAAUGCUCUCCACUCAUACAUAGACACUGUUCCCUCAUCUUACACUGGCGGAGAUGGGCAGACGCUGCCAGUAUUAGCCUUGGCUCUACGGGGAACACAAGCAGAACAUAUCUGGGCAGAAAUAGCUGGGCCCUUUGAUCCACAACUUGCUCGCCUUACAGAUCAGUACUCACUAAAUGCAAUGUAUGGCUUCAAGAGGGGUGAACCAAUAAUGCACUGGGCUCGAAAAUCAGGGCGUCUCCUGCAGGAACUUAGUCUUUGGUUUGGUGGUAGAAUUCCUCCCAGUGGGUCUUUUAAUAUUGGAUUCCAAAACCCUUAUAGUAGAAGCACUCAACCCAGAUCUGCCAACUUGAGAUCUCGGAGCGACUCAGAGAAAGAUGUCACUGCGUUUCACGAUACAGAUCGGUGUCGACCCCCUGCCUUGCUCACAGCCAGCAUUCUAGGGGAUGUGUUUCUGGUUGUGUCCCCCGCUGUCCCUUCUGCAGCAUAUGGAGAUGUGAUCGAUAUAUGUCUCCAUCGAGGAUUUGCUCUUUAUGGUCUCCGUCGCCUGCGCCUGUCUGCUAAACGUUCUGCCAUGCUGAGCAUGUCAUCCACCCAGGUAUCAAUUUUCUGCCCUAACGUGCCCCACUCCCAAACCGAUGCUCAACCAUGCAGACAACCACGUUUGCACUGCUUCUUACUCCUUCUCAGGAAAGAGAAUGCUGCACACCACACAUCAGGACUCAUCCAAGCACUGAUGAAUGAACUGGCUGAACGGGGUCUCCUGGGGGCCAUUCAUGCAAAAUUCUCCUACAUAUGUGAAGUGGACCCUUCCUUCUGUUUUCAUGUUGCACCAUACACUGACAACCUGCUGCAGAGCCUAGGAGGUAGCCUUCAUGCAAUGCCUGACCUUAGCACUGUCCCCAUGGACAUGCUGUCCUUACGGCCCUUUGCCUCCGACCCUGAGGAUGAACAAGUCGUUGUGCUGACUAUGAGCGGAAAGCAUACUUUAAGGAGGGCUGGAUACUUCUUACAGAAAAUCCUGAGACCAACGUUGAAAACACCAGCAUCGAACACAGGAUCUGUGCAUGACGGAUUUGAACUUUUGGGGUUGAAGUGGCUACCCAGUUUGAGCCGGCUCCAGGCCAAAGAAAUCACUCCAUAUGAAGUGGGAGACCGUCCAUGGCAACGGAGCAUAGAACACCUGAUCUCUAAUCCAGCCCUGCUGUGUGCCCUGCGCCGUUCCAAUGCCUUCGCUGUUUUACAGCAUACAAUCAAACAGCUGGCACCCACCUUAGGCAUGGAGCACCCUCAGCUCAUUGCAUCUGCUACACCUGAAAUCGCUUUUCGGCAGGCAGCCCUUAUAUUUUCAGACCGGGAUCUGGUUUCUGAUCCAGAAAGUCGUUCAAGUCUGAUGUACAUCCCCCCAACUGGAAUAAAUUGUAGAGCUGGAGGUACAGAAGAUCGAAGAGGGACAACAGAAUCCAUAUUUACAUACAUGCUGUCAGGUCCGCCUGUGCUCUACACAGUUUUACUCCUAAAGCCAAGGAUCUGGAGUUCUGCCCUUGGAAAGAUCCUGUAUAAGGUUCAUCAACAAAAGUUCAUUCUGGUGGGAAUGAAACCAGUAUCUCUAACUACAGCGAUGUGCAGUCAGAUUCUCCCUGAAGAUGUUAAGAAGAGUGAAGCCCUUUGCCUGACUCACUGUGACUACCUUACCUCUGGCCCCUGCCUUGCUCUUUGCCUUCAGAGACGAGGUGCAGUGUUAAAGCUUCUGGAUGUAUUGGGCCCAGAGGAUCCAGAACUGUGCAGAGCUCAAGACCAGUUCCUGUGGAGAGCUCAGUAUGGCACCAGUGCUGUGCAGAAUGGAAUGUACGGUUCCACUUCCUACCAGGCUGCCAUCCGUGACAUAAAGACAUUUUUCCCUGAAGGUCUUCUGUUUGAAGAAUCCACUGUGCUCCAGGCUGAGCAGAUUCCAAAGCUGACUAGUGACAUUCUGGUUUGUAGCCGAUCACAUCGCCAGACAGUGAAGAACCCAGCUUGUGGACCGGAGCUGCCAACUACAGAUUUGCCCUUUACCAGUGCCCUCUGCCAGACAACCUGCCUACUGUUCCCACCCCAUAUGCUCCGCACCUCUCCCCCACCCUACAUCCCCGCACUAGAGCAACUUAUGGCCAAAGAGUUCCACAUCACAGCAGCAAGGCUUACAGCAUUUGAUCAACUACAGGCACAGCUUGUGGCAGAAAUGUACAGCCCUGGGAAUUACUUGACUGCUAAGAUCAAGCUGCUGACAGAAGGGCCUUGUCUGUUAGUAGCUGCCCAGCGGGACAAUGCAGUAACUUGCUUUCCAUCAUUAGUGCACAGUGAUGAUCGGCAUAAUAUGUCGGCGCAGACCCUUACUGAGCAGGUGCUCUGUCCGCAGACUGAAUCCCAGGCCAACAAGAUGCUCAGUUGUUUCUUUGAUUCCCUGACCCCUGACAGCAUCCACCAAAUCCUGCAUUAGGCUCCACGACAAUAGACGUAUACCUGUGUGAAAAGUCAGCACCAAGCCUCUUAAUGAGGGAUUCAGUGUGACCGUGCCAACCUAUAAAGAUGGAAAGCAUGAAGGACUUAUCUUGGGAUGAGGCUGGGAAAGCGUUGGCAAGCACAGUCAAUAGAAAUGAAGUAUUGCUCUGAGAAAAGCGAUCGAUUGCCGUGAAAAGUCCUCUGCCAACGGUAUGAAUUAAAAUCCAGCAAAUGUUUCAGGCCAGACCCAACAACUCACAUUGUGGGCCUUCAGAUUUUUGGAUGAAAUAAGUGAGCUUUUGCCUUUUUAUCAGCUGUUCCAAUAAGAUACACAAUGUAUAUAUUAGGCCCCUGAUAAACUGAAAUAUAUAUGUGUUUCAGUUUACCUGAGCCUAACGUUCCCCCCUGCAGGGCUGUUAUAUCAUCCCAGGUUCUCUUGAAUCCCUACAUGAAGGUAGGGUCUUCUUUCACACGUGCCUUUGUGAGAAGCCCCUAUUGUGUUUAUCAGUAAAUGAUUAUUUAACCGAGACACGCUUACAUUUACAUACAUGCUUUGCUCAAAUGUUCCCUUUAGAUGUUGCAUGAGAAUACUCAGCUUUCCAGAUAAAUAGCAACUUCCAUGCUAAGUCUUGUGUUUUGACUUUGAUUUUCUAAGGUGAGACACAUCUGUAAACUGAACCUGCCAUUUACCAAUAACCUGAUUGUGACUGUAAACCCAAAAAUGAAACUAUGAAAGCAAAUGGAAAUACUAUUGAAAACAGUAUCUGUCCCUUGCUACACUUUACACUGCUGGUUCUGACUACAUGCUCCAUGGAAACAAUUUAGCAGUCAUCAAGUCUCCACUUAGCAUCAUUGUUGGCAUGUUCUGUGAUUAACACACCUAUCAAGGAGGAGAAUAACAGAUGUGUGCAAGGCAUUGUGGGAAAUGUAGUCUUGGCUGGGGAAGAGUUGCUAUGAAUUGCAUUUGCUUUCCCUAUGCAAAAUAUUAUAUUGGGGUUUACUUCCCCUCAAGCUCAUUCCAUGCCUCGUUUCAGUCAACUAAUAUCUCAAAGUUCUUGUCUUAUUUUAAUAAUAAUUUCAGCGCUGGACUGUAUUGGGGGCCCACCCGGACUGUGACACCAAGGGAACUCCUGGCAGCCACAGGGGUCCACCUCCCAACUUCCAGACUCCCCCCCCCCAGUUCGACCCUGAAUCAUUUUGUUGGGUUUGAUUAAAAUGUCACAUUCUUCUUGUCUGCUCAAAGACUAGUUCAGUUAUAGGUGAGUUAUAUAAAUGAAUAUAUGAGAAAAUAUGUAUUCCAUUCAAUCCCAUGUGAAGUUAGAACAUCUAUAGUUAUUUUUCAUUUAUCAACUGAUAGGGCACAGACUAUAGUCUAAUUGGAAGGAAGUGCUGUUCACUUAUUGGUCUGUUGCAAGUGUUUUCCCAAAAACGGGGCGCAGCAUUUUUUGAUGUGUAGGACCUAGGAUUGGAAUGGCUGACUUAAAGGAUGGCUUUUGUAUUUAUUACCCUAUGUCAAAUAAUUUAUUUUCACAAUUCUAAAAUUAAAGUUCUGUUUUAAAGAA